AUGGCACCUUAUUGGUACGAGACCUUUGGCCCUGCAGCUGGUCAGGCCCUUGCCUUUGAGACCUUCAACUUGUACCACGCCAAUAACUGGAUCAUUCUGCCUUCCACUCAGGGUAGGGGAGGACGAGAUGCCUGGGGUUGCAGCUACGUGGAACUGGUCUCCCGUGAGGCAGAAGCCCAGCGACCGCAAUGGUUUGUGUCUCAUGCAUGGAAGGAACCCAUUGUGAACUUUGUCGCCUGCCUCCGGAAGCAUUUGACGGUCUGUGCCUAUGCCAACAACCAACACCGGGUGGACGAGGAGAUCCCAGAGGAUCCCCGCGAGAGCGCCUUCUUUCGGGCCAUGAAGGUCUCGGACGGAGUGCUCUUGAUCUUGGACACGCAUCAUGGCUUUUCUGCAGUCGAAGAACGGGACUCCUCUGGGGCCUUGUUGUUGGAUCUGGCCACCGCGUCCGCGGAUGCGAAGGACGCCAGCCUUGUGACGGACGGGCUGGCCGGAGUGGAGACCCAGAUGAUGCCCCUGCUCGGGAUGCUGGCGAAGAGUCAGCGAGAAGCCAGCUUCCCAGCUGAGAUCAUGCAACGGGGCUUGGAGGUACUACAAGUCCAUGCACCUUACAACUACUGCAUGACAAGGACGGAGAUGGACAAUCUGCGAGUGAUCCACCUGCGCUACAAUGCCAUCGACAAAUUCAACAAGUACAACUGGGAGAACGGCUGGAUUUGGCUUCGCGGCCAUACAAUUCACGUGAGGACAAUGCUGACCAUUCCGGAAGAUUCUCCGCACCAUACAAUCUUCGGAAUGGCGCUGGCACACCUCGGACAAUUUGGCCAGUCACAAUUGCCGCCAGAAGUACAAUUGGCUUUGGGAGUCUACAAGGUGGACAUCAAGCAAGCGCAAGCGGCCGUGGCAGAAGAUAAGAACCGCAUCCUGAACAGCAUCGUCUCACGUCACCCGGAUGCCGUCAGUCGGGGCCGGCAGAUGGUGCAGUUGUCCAUGACGGGAUGCUUUAGUUUCAAGGACAGCGAUUUGCAAUCACUUGUGCAGUGCUUGCCAGAGAAGCUGCGUGUGCUUCGUUUGGACUUGGCCUUCACAGGUUUGGACUCGCCCUUUGACGGGUCAUUGGAGUUUCCGAGUUCCUUGGAGCAGCUGGUGUUGCGCUUCGCGGGUUCUUUGCAAAGCGUUGAGGGUUUGCCAGCCAUGCUUUUUUCCUUUGAAACUGAGCCGCUUGGAACUCUGGCUCUGCAACUUGCCAGCUUUAAGCACCAUUGGCCCCUUGGGAGAUGCGAUCAAGAGAUCUCGUCCAGGAGAGUUGGUACUGCAGCUGAAUGGCUGUCCGCAGCUAUCUUUGGCCAUCAAAGAAGACCUGUUCCUUGUCCCGAUCUGCCGCCGCAUGUAGCACAUGUAGUGCCCUUGCCUGUCUGCCCCUCCGUUUGGUCUCGCCGUUGUCUGACGCCCCGAACGCCGGUUAGGCACCGAUCUCUGCAAGAUGUGCUCCUGUGGGCACGAGUGAAGCGACACGUUCACAUUGAGGACGUGUCCAGUGCCUGGUCAUGUCUUCGAAGAAGGGCUGAUGCCGUGCCAGAGCGGACCCUGACCGUCGAGGACCCCAGCCAGAGCUUUUGCAGCGACACGGAGAUUGAGAUGAUGUUGCCAUACCCUUGCAGCCAAGCAGGAUGCAAAGAGUUCCACCCAAAUGAACAUGGCUUUUGCUCUCGCCAUCGACAUUCGCGCUUCUUCUGGAAAGUGAGGCCUACACUGCGCCUGGCUUGGCAAGCAGGAGAGCUGGCACUGCUCUUUUCCAUACAAGCUCUAUUUGAAGCAAGGAGCAGAUUUGUGCUGGUCUUCUUCGGAUUGUCUUUGUACCCAGUGCUGUGUAUGAUGAUGGCAGAUUCAAUGGGUCUCUCUUUUGGGCUGACCUUUUCAACCACGCUGCUGGUGGUUUUGGCCAGCAUGGCCUACACUUCCGGGCGCUUUGAUUCCAUGCGAGGCGCUAUGCAGAGGUUGUGCUUGGCGAUGGAAGCGAGUUAUUUCCAGGUGCGGAAACCAAAGCUUUUAUGGGUUCGGGCCGAAAUAACUGCUACAUGUGAAGCUUUUGUGUUUGUAAUGAGGCAGCGGAAGGAAGAGGAAUUAUCGUGGAUUAAUAUGCACAGCGGAUCAUGA